CUGCCGUUCAAACACAUCCAUCCAGUCUAGCGCGAUAGACGGUUUGGUCUCCAGCGCAACAAUUUGGGAAAAGUAGAGCAACGCAGACGGUGAUUGCAAGCGAAAUGUCGGGUCUACAGAAAAAAAAUGCCAAAAUCGGAAUUGUCGGCAGUGGCCUCAUUGGACGUUCCUGGUCGAUGCUGUUUGCCUCAGUGGGCUAUCAAGUUGUCCUGUACGACAUACUGCCCGAGCAGGUGGACGCCGCUCUCAAGCUAACUGAAACCGAACUUGUAGAAUUAGAGAAAAAGGGUCUCCUACGCGGCAAACUAAGUGCCGCCCAGCAAGCCAGUUGCAUUUCGGGAACAAACGAUUUAAGGGAACUGGCCAAAGGUGCCAUUUUCAUACAGGAGUGCAUCCCUGAGCGUUUGGACUUGAAGAAAUCGCUGUACAAAAAGCUCGACGAUGUCGUCGACGCCAACACAAUCUUGUCCAGUUCGACGAGUACUUUCCUGCCAUCUCUGUUCAGCGGGGAUUUGAAGCACAAAUCAAAUGUCUUGGUAUCCCAUCCCGUAAAUCCACCCUACUAUGUGCCACUUGUUGAAAUUGUGCCUGCCCCAUGGACGAGGCCCGAAUUUGUUAAAACAACGCGUGCCCUGAUGGACGAGAUCGGACAGAAGCCAGUGACAUUAUCCCGAGAGAUUGAGGGAUUUGCAUUAAAUCGAAUUCAGUAUGCGAUUUUGAAUGAAACAUGGCGUUUGGUUCAAGAUGGUAUUUUGGAUGUGAAGGACAUUGACAGCGUUAUGUCCGAUGGCUUGGGCAUGCGUUAUGCAUUCCUGGGACCGCUGGAAACGGCGCACCUAAAUGCUGAGGGCAUGGCGAACUACUUUGAACGUUAUUCGAAAACGAUUUACGCGGUUAGUGAGACAAUGGGUGCGACCCCCAAAAUGGAGGGACCCACUGCCGUCGCCAUCGCCGAACAAUUAAAUGCGAUGGUGCCGCUUGAUAAAUUGCCGGAGCGACGGACUUAUCGCGAUACCUGCUUAACUCAUUUGAGCCUCUUGAAAAAUAAACUUAAUUCAAAGUAAAUGGCAAAUGUGAAGAAUGUGAAAUUUUGAAAUUCAAAAUAAAAUAAAAAAUAUAUAAAUGCGUAUUUAGCUUAA